UCUCCAGGUCAGGGACAACCAGAGGGUCGCUGCCCGCCUGCCGCUCCCGGGUGGCGCAAUUAGAGCUCCGCUACAGGAAAAACGUGAAACACGGUCUCUCCUCUCAACCAGAACAUUGUUACACUAAUUAAUAAGUUGGCGCGUCAGGGUAGCUUUGGCACAGAAGCAGCAGGAACAUGAAUAACAGGAGGAAGGAUUUCACUGAAGAAAAUCCACAACCUUUUAAAAUAUAAGAAAUGUGUCAUUUGACACCUGUAGCAAACUGCAUUUCAGUGAGCUAAAGUUUAAAGCUUAAAGGCAGAGUAAGUCAGAAACCUGGAUAGCUAGCGUUAGCUUUAGCAUGAUGCAGAGAGAAAACAUGUCAGAACCAGACUGGACCUGAGACCUGAGACCCAAACGUCUUUACUGACGUCACAGAAAACAAAACCUUCAACCAGGUUGUGAAAUUGAGGAGCGUCCCCCUGAGGCCCCCUGCUGACUGAUAACAAGCACUGCGUGGGAGCUCAAUGAGUGUGUGCUGCUAACCGGAGCUCCUCCUGUGUGUGUGUGUGUGUGUGUGUGUGUGUGUGUGUGUGUGUGUGUGGCACCAUGCUGUGGACGGUGCUGCUGGCGCUGCUGGUGCUUCUCCUGCUGCAGACUCAGCUCUCUGUUUGCUUAAGGGAUCUGCGCAGCGGGGCGUCCGUUUCGCCUCUUCAGUCUCCUCCUCCAUCCUCUUCCUCCCCCUCCUCAGCAUCAUCAUCAUCCUCCUCUUACAACGCUACCCAGCAGCGGCUGCCCGGAGCUAUUAUCAUUGGCGUGCGGAAAGGCGGCACCAGAGCCCUGCUGGAGAUGCUCAACCUGCACCCAGACGUGGAGGUGGCGAAGGCCGAGGUCCACUACUUCAACGUGGAGGAACACUUCCGCCGGGGUCUGGCCUGGUACCGAGCCCAGAUGCCCUUCACCCUGCCGGGCCAGCUGACGGUGGAGAAAACCCCCGGCUACUUCGCAGCCCCCCAGGUUCCAGUUCGGGUGUGGGACAUGAACCCGGCCGUCCGGCUGCUGCUCAUCGUCAGGGACCCGGCGGAGAGGCUGGUCUCCGACUACACCCAGGUCCUCCACAACCGCCUGACGCAGGACAAGCCCUACCAGCCGCUGGAGGAGCUGCUGCUCCACGAGGGCCACAUCAACCACGGCUACAAGGCGCUGCAGAGGAGCCUGUACCAUCUGCACCUGGCCCGCUGGCUGGAGGUUUUCCCCCGGGAGCAGAUCCACGUGGUGGACGGCGAUGCGCUCAUUCGGGACCCGUUCCCGGAGCUGAGGAAGGCGGAACGGUUCCUGGACCUUCCACCCAGGAUAAACCCCAGCAACUUUUACUUCAACACCACCAAAGGCUUCUACUGCCUCCUGUCCGCCGGACACGACAAGUGCCUGGACGAGUCUAAAGGCCGACCGCACGCUCCGCUGAGCACGCAGGCCUUGAAGAAGCUCUGCCGGUACUUCAGGAAGCCCAACAAACUCUUCUUUGAGAUGGUGGGAAGGUCGUUCUCCUGGUGCUGAUGCAACUGUCAGGGACAGACAGAGAGGAAAACUGUUUCUGAUGGCAGAUGAUCUUUUUCUAAAUACCUUCUCAGGUAUAAAUGUGCUGCACUCUCAUGGAACUGACUGAAAAUCUGGUCGAUAAAACCCGAACCAAGCCGGUGCCUCUUCAGAACCAACAAAGCUACAACAACUGUGCCAUUAAGAAGCUCGGAGCAACCUGUUAGCUCGGUUCACGGACAGGAGCUGAGCAGACGGCUGCCAUGUUUGAUUGUUGCACUAAUGACCAAAUUGCUUUAAAAGUCAAUCAGCGUAAAUAUUGUCAGUUCAGAAGAUCUCGCUCUCGUUUCUAAACAACUGUACAAAAAUGUUUGCUUUGUGAAACUCUUCGUUUCUCAUCAGCUGCUUUUGUUUUCAUUCUGUUAGAAAAUCUUAGUAAAGACAAAUAGUGUCUUGUAAACAUGUUCUUACCUUUUCAACUUUCUCACAUUUUGUCAUUUUACAACCAAAAACUUGAAUCCAUUUUAUGUGCUACAGAAGUAAAGGCAUCAUUUUGAAGUGGAAUAAAAUUAUUUGUAAAAAAUAUUACUGCAAAUUUUACAAAGUGCAGCAUGAAUUUGUAUCCAUUGUCUUUUAUAUCAGUACACAUAAAUAAAUAAAACCCAGUGCAAACAAUCCCAUUCAGGAGUCGCCUCUAAUCCAUUUGUGAGUCAUUUAGCAUCAGAAUAAAAACAUGUGAGAAUUUAGAGAACAACUUUAUGUCAACUAACAAAUAAACCAAACAGGUCAGGGGAAAGUUAUGGAGAAAUUUAAAUAAAAUUAUCAAGUUGUCAUAAUUGUGAAAGUUGGAUCAAAACACCAACAGACGUUUGGGUAGAUUAUGAUAUGUGAAGUUUGUUAAAGAGCCAAAGAAACCACUUAUAAAAACUUUGAAUAAAACAGGGAGCUGGAGAAAAGAGCAGAUAUCGACGCGGCUUGUUUCUUAUUUCUGACGGCCACAGAAAAAAUCUCAGCCCCUCAUUGUUCAUAAAGCGUUGUCAUGCAAAGAGUUGAAUAUCGCAGAAAUACAUAACCACGUAUUUCAGAUUAAUUCAAAUAAAAAUGUGAAAACUAUGAAUUCUUUUACUCCACUCCAGAAGUUGGUCUUUCUCCUGACAUCCCGGUAAAACGCACUGAAGUUUGUCGUCACAUGACAAAAUGUGAUAAAAGGUACAGAUACUUUAGCACUGCAUUGUGUAUAAAUAUUGUAUUUCUAGCCCUUUUUUAACAACACAUUUUCAUUUACUUUACAAGUGAAGCCCAACAUGGUGUUAUUGUUAAUAUCUGUAGUUUUUUUCCUAGUGUCCUAAUAAAUGCACUCAGACUUUCCUUCUGUCUCCUGCCUGAGAGCAGAGAUCAGGUUUAAAGGGUUUGAACACAUCAAACAUAAAUGAGCGAACGGCCGGCCGCUCCGGGAAAACCUAAAGAAGACGUUCCCUGUCAGAGUCGGUCUUUACAUCCAGCAUCAAAGCUUCGUUUCAUCACAAACUUUUUCCUGAUAGGAAGUUAAAUCACCACCGACUGUCAGCAACAGCUGCAGGUCAGCAGAUUAUUCAACCUCCUGCCAUGUUUACGUCAGAUAACAGUUAUAAAGAUGGUUUAGCUGUCCACUAAUAAAGGACAAGGUGCCUUUUUGUAAGAUUUUCAUGAUCCUAAAGUCAGCUGCUUUGUUAUUUUUUAUGUUUUUCUUUGGUUAAAAAUCUUAACUGUAAAAAGCUCCAUGCUUUGAGGCUUUGAGGAAAGCAGGUUGUAACGACACCAUGAGGAAAACGGAGCAGAAUCAGAGCUGAAGGCUGACCUCCGCCUGCCUCCCAUCCACCGCUCCCAGGAGAAACCAGAACCACGGAGACAGGCAGGGCGAAGGAUGGAGACGUAAACAGAUUAUUCUUUGAAGACGUGAACAGUCUUUCAUGUCUCCUCUGCUCAGGACAACGCGGCUGACGUCACUUUCAAUCAUCAGGUAGCUUUACAUCAACAGUUCAACUUCUUUGCCAACUUUGUGCUGAGAAUCUCACUCUCAGUUUCACUUUAAACAGUCAGGAUGACCAGACAGAAAUGUUCCCUUUCCAUAUCAGUGAUGAUUGAUUGAGGAGCCGUGUGUGUGGAUCUGGAACGUUUCAUGGUAUCGUGUUGGGAAUCACAUGGGAAAACAUGUGGAACCUUGUGAUACACAUGUGAUUCCUACUGUGUUUGUUGGCCCUAACAGUUACUGAAGGCAAUUUUUACAUGCAAAAACUAAACUGAACAAUUUUCAUCAGAAAGAGCAACUGGGAGGCUGAAACCAAACAACUAAAACCAGAAGACUGAAACCUGAAAAUAAUGUGUAAAAUAAAUAUAAACCGCAGGUAUUUACCUACUCAAACAUAAGAUGGAGGAAAAUAUUGGAAAAUACAAGACAA